GACAGGACAUCGCAACCGGCGCUGCCCAUAAAAUAUGGAAAUCCCAGCCGUUAAUCUCAAGGCCAUAGUUCUGGUACAUUGGCUUCUGACCACCUGGGCAUACAUGGCCUGGCUGCCCUCCUCCUAUGCGUGGGGAAACUUCAGUAUGCUGGCUGUGGGAGUGUGGGCUGUUGCCCAGAGAGACUCUCUUGAUGCUGUGUUAAUGUUUCUCAUUGGGAUGGCCGUGACCGUUUUGACGGACAUCGUGCAUUUUGGGAUUUACUAUCCCCUGGCGGAGGGCCUUCCAGACAGGAAUCGGGACACCUUCCGCUUCAGCGUGGGCAUGGCCAUCCUCAGCCUGCUGCUCAAACCCGUCUCCUGCUUCUUCCUGUAUCAGAUGUACCGCCAGAGGGGCGGAGAAUACAACGUCAAUUUUGGAUUCCCUAGCAUAACAAGGGACAGGGACUCCUACGAAUCCAUCGAUCAGCCAGACCAGUCCACCUCUUCAGAAACUCCCUGA